AUGGCGACAGAUCACACCUCCGACGAAAGCACACGCCUUUACAACCCUUACCAAAACUUCGACUCUCCCAUCAAAGCACAGUAUCUCUACAAGCUCCCCACUUCUCCAGAGUAUCUCUUCACGGAAGAGUCUCUCAAAAAGCGUCGAUCUUGGGGAGAGAAUCUCACCUUCUACACAGGGUCAGGCUACCUCGGAGGCGCUCUAGCCGGAGCUGCAUCCGGGUUUUUAUCUGGUGUCAAGAGCUUUGAGUACGGUGACACGACGAAGCUGAAGGUGAACAGGAUUUUGAACUCGUCUGGUCACACGGGGAGGUCGUUGGGGUGUAAAGUUGGGGUUGUUGGGCUGAUCUACGCGGGGAUUGAGAGUGGCGUUGUGGCGUAUACGGAUAGGGAUGAUGCGUGGACUAAGGUGGUUGCGGGGAUUGGGACUGGAGCGGUGUUUAGGGCGGCGCGUGGGGUGAGAGCUGCGGCUGUGGCGGGUGUGCUUGGUGGGAUGGCUGCUGGUGCGUUUGUGGCGGGGAAGAGGGUUUUGAAUCGGUAUGGGGCUUUUGAGAGGUGUUUAGGAGGUGGUGGUCGUUGGGGGAAGCAUUAAAAAGGAAUCAUAGCUUUUUUGAUGUUUGUUAGGGUGGCAUUUUGAAUUUUCAUUAUGCAUAACUUAACCUGCUGAAACUUAUAUAUUUUUAUAAUAUGAUAAUAAGGUUUUACCUUUUGGUAUUUGGAAAUCUCCAUGAGUUCUUGUUGAUGAUUAUGGUUUGUGUGUUCUUGUUUAUGAUUAUGGUUUGUGUUGUUAUCAGGA